GCGGCGGCGGCUCGGCGCGGCGAUGCAGUGAGGCCGGAGGAGCGGGCAGGCGUGUGCCGAGCGGGGGCCGCGGCCGAGCUGCGGAGAUGUGACACGGGCCGAGGGCCAGCGGGAGCAUCGGCGCUGCGGGGACGCGGGGGACGAAUGUUCAUGGUGUCAGAGAGAAAGAUGAGAACCCGCCAGGUGUUCGCCUUCCUCCUGCUCUAUGUGAUUGCCUCCGUGGCCUCUGAAAACUCCAGCACGUCCCGGGGCUGUGGGCUGGACCUGCUCCCUCAGUACGUGUCCCUGUGCGACCUGGACGCCAUCUGGGGCAUCGUGGUGGAGGCCGUGGCUGGGGCGGGCGCCCUGAUCACGCUGCUCCUGAUGCUCAUCCUCCUGGUGCGGCUGCCGUUCAUCAAGGACAAGGAGAAGAAGAGGCCUGUGUGCCUCCACUUCCUCUUCCUCCUGGGGACCCUGGGCAUCUUCGGGCUAACAUUUGCCUUCAUCAUCCAGAAGGAUGAGACUAUCUGCUCGGUGCGCCGCUUCCUCUGGGGUGUCCUCUUCGCUCUCUGCUUCUCCUGCCUGCUGAGCCAGGCGUGGCGCGUGCGCAGGCUGGUGCGUCAUGGCACGAGCCCGGCAGGCUGGCAGCUGGUGGGCCUGGCUCUGUGCCUGAUGCUGGUGCAGGUCAUCAUCAACGUCGAGUGGCUGGUGCUGACACUGCUGCGUGACGCGAGGCCGUCCUGUGCCUACGAGCCCAUGGACUUCGUAAUGGCGCUCAUCUAUGACAUGGUACUGCUGCUGAUGACCCUGGGGCUGGCCCUCUUCACGCUGUGUGGCAAGUUCAAGAGAUGGAAGCUGAACGGGGCCUUCAUCCUGAUCACGUCCUUCCUCUCUGUGCUCAUCUGGGUGGCCUGGAUGACCAUGUACCUCUUUGGCAACACCGAGCUGAAGAUGAAAAACUGGAAUGACCCCACCUUAGCCAUUGCACUGGUUGCCAGCGGCUGGAUCUUCGUCAUCUUCCACGCCAUCCCUGAAAUCCACUGCAUGCUUCUCCCAGCCCUGCAGGAAAACACACCCAACUACUUCGACACGUCACAGCCAAGGAUGCGGGAGACAGCAUUUGAGGAGGACAUGCACCUGCCACGGACCUACAUGGAGAACAAAGCCUUCUCGAUGGAUGAACACAACGCAGCUCUCCGAACAGCAGGAUAUCCCAACGGCAGCUUGGGAAAGAGACCCAGCGGCAGCUUGGGAAAAAGAUCCAGCGACAGCCUGGGCAAAAGGUCCAGCGGCAGCUUGGGAAAGAGGCCCAGCGCUCCCUUCAGAAGCAACGUGUAUCAGCCAACUGAGAUGGCCGUUGUGCUCAAUGGCGGGACUAUCCCAACUGCUCCGCCAAGUCACACUGGAAGACACCACUGGUGAAAGACUUUUAAUUUCCAGAGAAUAAGAAUUUAUUACCGAUUUUAUUCCCUGGCUGUGUCUUUCUUGAGGGAGAAAUCGGUAAUAGUAGCUGAACAAGGCCGCCUCACAGCCAGGAGAUUUGGAAAUCCUAGCCAAGGAGAUUUCAUGUAAAUGUGAACACUGAUGAACUGAAAAGCUAACCCUGACUGCCCUCCCCUCCCCUGCCACACACACGCAAACACGUAAUACAAAACCAACCUCGAUCCCCGCAAACUAAAGCAAAGCUAAUUGCAAAUAGUAUUAGGCUCAUUGGAAAAUGUGGCUGGGAAGACUGUUUCAUCUUCUGGGGGUAGAAUGGAACCAAAUUCACAGCUGGUGGGCCAGGCUGUUGUUGGUUGGAUACGGAGGACCCCCACCAUGUUUGCCCCUCCCCAGGAAGUGCUGGACCCCAGGUUGCCUCUUGGAGAUGACCAUUUCGUUGAGGAGGACAAAUGGGGACUUCCCACCAGCUUCGCUGGUCACUUUCACAUUUCACAGGGGUCAGGAGAGCUGAGGAGGUUGUGGGUAUGCUUCUAAGGCAAGGCCCAACCAAAUAGUGGGGUCACCUUUAUAGCCAAUAGUGAUAGAGGGAUCCUGGCAUGUGCCAAAGAAGAGGAGAUUCUCUGGGCGUUGAAGUGACAUCACAUUUAGAAAGUGGUGACCAACCACUGUUCCUCCUGUGGGCCUCUUGUUGCAGCACCUGUGGCGAGAAAGCAAGCCCGCCCCCUCCCUUGUAGAGCCAUAGAAAUAUUCCGGCUUGCCACGCAGUCCCUUCGUCCUUUGGUCACCUCACCCACCCCCUCAUCCGUGAGUGCUCCUCCAAGCCCUUUCCCAAUUUAUUCCCUUGUUCAUUUCAAAAGCUCCAGUGGGGCCACCAGCUUAAAGCCCCUCUAGGACACAGGUUGGAAGGCAGGCACCGCAGCAUUUCACGAUGAUGUCACAUGGCAGGGCUUCCAGGGGUGCCUUCUAGGAUGGAGAGAUGACAUCCUGCUGCCUAGCAAGCAGUGGCUACUUGGGCCUUUUCCUUAGAUAUGGUGAAAGUUCCAGGGUGGAAUGGAUCACGUGAGGGUUUCUUGCUGCUUUGGGAGGGUGUGUGGGACAUUUCUGUCUUGGUUUUCUGCAACUUCCAUGAAAAUGGCUCUCUUCAAAGCCCAUUGUUUUCUGUCCUGGUUUCCAUCUGUCCUAAGCAAGUCAUUCCUUUGUUACUUGGCAUUUUGAACAUCUUGAACAUUAAAAGCCCCAUGUUCUCUGCACUGUUUGGCCAGCAUAAUUGCUAGCAAUGAUUCAAAGCAAAGCGUUUUAACCUGAUGGCAUGGAAUGUAUAAAUGAGGGUGGGUCCUUUUGCAUAUACACUAAUCACUACAUUGCUUUAGUUUCUAGAAAACUACCCAUAAGCCUUUAACCUUUAAGAAAACAAAAAAGGUUAGUGUUGGGGGGUGGGGGGCUGGCCUCUUCAUAAGCCAGUACAUCUGAGCUGAGUAUAUUUUAAUAAACUUGAUUUUUCUUGAGGCCCUAGUCUCUGCUGUGUCCCCUCUCCGCCUUCCCAACCUUGCAAAGCUCUUGAGAAAAUAAGCCCAAUCUGGCCAUUCCUGUGUGGCCUUCCUGUGACUUUUCCUUACAGCUAGUGCAUUUCCUACCAUGCAUGGCACCAGAAUGCCACCCCUCCCUGACCUUUGGGAAGCACCCACCCCUGCCCACAGCAUGUGCUUGCUUCUAGAGAGUUUGAUUCCAAUCCUCUGCUCAAGGACCAUCAGUGGAUGGGCUGAAAACUUGGAGUACUGUGGAGGGUUGGGAGGGAAAGGAGCUACCACCUGGGGUGGGGCUGGGGGUGGUUGCAUGCAGACCCAGUAUUCUGAAAAUAAAUCUCUGAACACUUCCAUCCAGUCCUGUGAAAAACAACAGCCUUACAAAUUCUCAUGCCAGGAAAGGGUUGCUCACCCCUGCUCUCUGGAGUCCUUUGGAGCUUUCUGAUACCAUCAGUGACUCAUCUGCAAGAACCCCCCUUGCAGAAGAGAGCACUUCACAGGAUCGUUUUCUAAGUUCUUUGUUCACGCACAUAAGGUUAGCUCAGCAUAAAUGGCUACCAGUGGAAAGUAACAGUUUCUAAGUUCUUUGUUCACGCACAUAAGGUUAGCUCAGCAUAAAUGGCUACCAGUGGAAAGUAACAGUUUCCCAACCAUAAAAAUGGAACCAUCUUUAAGCCAUGGAAAAUCUUACUUAAUGAGACCUUUUUUUCCUUUUUAAAUCUCUGAUACGUUAUUGCGCUUCUAGGUUUUGUUUUAUUUUGGCUUUAAGGUCAAGACUGGGCUGAAUGCCCUCACGGUAGGGUGGAGGUGGGAGUGAGGGGAGAAGGGAGAAAGCUGUUACUUUUCCAAUGACUUCACCUGAAGAUACCAAGACAUCUUUGCCGAGAGACUGUGCUAGCCAGCUGCCUCCACAAAGCAAGGUUUAAAUACAAAAUUAACCGGUACUUCUGUUUAAGACCUGUUUGUAUAUUAACAAAAUUUGUUUGGGGAAAAUGACCUGGAGGGAGAGCAUCUGUGAUCAAAAUCCCUAAUUGUAAGCACAAAUCUAUCCAUGUCUGCUUAUUAAAAUCACUUUGGGACUAUAACAGCCACUCUUGUCCCCCCUUUAAAUAGAAAAUUGUUCUGUCCUGGAUUUCUGCACCGGAGAUGGAGGCUGGGAGCGACAGAGUCAGCUCUGAGAACUUACAAACAAAGUUCUCUGUGGCUCAGGUGUUUCCAGGGUUUGAGAUCUGGUUGUUGGAUGCUGGGUGUCCAAGCUUUUUUUUUUUUUUAAGCACAGAUGCUGUUAGGGCCCACUGAGAAAGUGUAAACCAGGGUGGUCUUUUCGGUUGGCCAAGGCUGAGUUGAGUGCCUCUGGCUGAACCCCAAGCUGAAAGGGAGCAUUGUGGCUUUUAUAAUCCAAUGAUGCAAUGAUUAUACCAGCUUACAAGAGUUCUCAGCAGGUGCUUUUUAAUUAACUGAUAAAGAGCUAAGGCUCAUUUUUGAUAGAUAAUAUAUAUUUAUUAAAUGUAUCAGUGUGUGUUUUAUAAUGUACCUUUAUCUUCCCCUGGCUGACUGUUGCAUACUUAUAAAAAAAAAUUGUUAAAGAAAUUUCAAGACAAUCAAUGUGUACCAUAAUGACUGUAUAUAAACAUUACAAAUUUAAAAGGUUGUAAAGCAUGGGCAGAUAGGUUUUAUUUUCAAAAGGCUGUUCUUAACUCAAAAAUAAAGGCUUUCCUAUUUA